AAAUAGUAAUAAAAUGUAUUGUGGAAUUUAGAUUGAUAGAUAUCAUAGUUUUGAAAUUGUCAUAACGUCGAAUGUUUUGACAUUUGCGUACACGUGUGUAUAUAUGUGUGCGUACAUUAUUUAUCAAUGAUUACAACCAAUCACUUUAAAAAAAGUCAGAGAACCGAUAAAACAGUCGGAGCCAUUUAAAUGCGAAAGAUAGUUCAACCAUUUCAGUGUUAAUGAUCGCGUUUUCCAUACUGUUAGCAAAAUAACAGACGAGCGCGAUCGUAUUUCAACAUUCAAAUGAUUAAAAGUAAUCGUCUGUAAUACAAAAAGCAGAAUAAUAAAAAACGAAAUCAGUCGAACAAUCAAUAUUAGGUGAUUAAGUGAAAUCAAAGAGUCAAGUCAAAAAUAUAUAAUAACACAACGUCAAAUAUAAUGCCGUUGGCGAAUUUGACAGUUCCUUGGUCCGAUGUAAUGGAAAAGGAAGAUGAGGAUAGCCUUUCAUCAGACUCUCAAGAGGAUCCGAUAACGAUAGUUCAAAAAAAUGUGGUUGAACCACCUUCGAAUAGAUGCUCCGAGACACAUGAGAUAGAAGUCCGUGAGGUAGUUAGGGACGGGCAUGAAAAAGCAGAUCCAUCUCAAUUUGAACUGCUCAAAGUUCUGGGCCAAGGAUCCUUUGGAAAGGUAUUCCUAGUAAGGAAGGUUGUUGGAAAAGAUAGUGGAACUCUUUAUGCUAUGAAGGUGUUAAAGAAGGCAACAUUGAAAUUUCGGGACAAAAUUAGGACAAAAAUGGAGAGAAACAUAUUAGUGGAUGUUGAGCAUCCAUUCAUUGUUCAGUUACAUUAUGCAUUCCAAACAGAAGGCAAUCUCUAUUUAAUUUUGGACUUUUUAAGAGGUGGUGAUCUAUUUUCAAGAUUAGCUAAGGAGGUAAUGUUCACUGAAGAUGAUGUAAAAUUUUAUUUAGCUGAGCUUGCUCUUGCAUUGGAUCACAUACAUAAGCUUGGAAUUAUUUAUAGGGAUCUCAAACCAGAAAAUAUUUUGCUUGAUACUGAAGGUCAUAUUUCUUUAACCGAUUUUGGUCUAUGUAAACAGCCUGUAGAUGAUUGUAAAACAUUUUCAUUUUGUGGUACUAUAGAAUAUAUGGCACCUGAAAUUGUAAAUAGGAAAGGGCAUUCAUUUGCUGCAGAUUGGUGGAGUUUUGGUGUUCUUAUGUUUGAAAUGUUGACUGGAGUGCUUCCAUUUCAAGGUGCAAACCGUAGAGAAACAAUGACACAAAUAUUAAAAGCAAAACUCGGAAUGCCACUUAACAUUUCCCCGGAAGGACAGGCGCUUUUGAGAGCAUUGUUUAAAAGAAAUCCUGCAAAUAGAUUAGGCUCUGGUGGAAUAGAACAGAUGAAAAAUCACGAGUUUUUUGCAACAAUUGAUUGGGAUGCACUUUACAGGAAAGAAAUAAAACCGCCUUUUAAACCAGCUGUUAGUCAAGAUGAUGAUGUAUUUUAUUUUGAUAGUGAAUUUACAUGUAAGACGCCUAAAGAUUCUCCUGGGGUACCACCAAGUGCUAAUACUCACGAAUUGUUUCGUGGAUUUAGCUUUGUUGCACCAUGCCUUCUUGAGGAUCAUUUAAAAACUCCUGAAUAUAAAAACUGUUAUAGUCUUAGUGCAACUUUCCCGACUUACGUGAGCCCCAUUUCUGUAACUGACGAAUACGAGUUUAAACAAGAGAUUGGUAGAGGAAGCUACAGCACUGUUUAUUUAGCUGUUCAUAAAGCUUCCAAAGCAGAGUAUGCUGUGAAAGUAAUUGAAAAAUCAAACAGAGAUCCGACAGAAGAAAUAGAAAUUUUACUGAGAUAUGGAAAACAUUCUCAUAUUGUAACUUUAAAAGCUGUUCACGAGGAUGAUAAACAAGCUUAUCUCGUACUAGAAUUAUUACGCGGUGGAGAAUUACUUGAUCGAAUACUACAGAGGCGUAAUCUUACGGAAAAAGAAGCAGCUGAAGUAAUAUACACAAUAGCUCGUGUAGUCAAUUAUCUUCAUGAAAAUGGAGUCGUUCACAGAGAUUUAAAGCCAUCUAAUAUAUUGUAUUCAAAGCCGGGGGCUGAUCCAUCGACACUUUGUUUAUGCGAUCUUGGUUUCGCAAAACAGUUACGAGCAGAUAAUGGUUUAUUAAUGACUCCCUGUUAUACUGCGAAUUUCGUAGCGCCAGAAGUAUUGAAACGUCAAGGAUAUGAUGCAGCAUGUGAUAUUUGGUCACUUGGCGUUUUGCUAUACAUUAUGUUAGCUGGAUAUACACCAUUUCGUAAUAGUCCAGGUGAUAGUGCAACAGACAUAUUAGAUCAUAUUGGGCCUGGUUAUAUUGAUGUUGAAAACGGAAUAUGGUGUCAAAUUUCAAAUGAGGCUAAAGAACUCGUUAAAGCAAUGUUACACGUUGAUCCUAAUCGGAGGCCUACUGCAGCUGCCAUAUUAAAAUAUCCAUGGAUUGCCAAUCGUCAUCGCCUUCCACAGAAAGUAUUACCUGACAGUACUAGGGAUCCUCACAGCCUAAAGAGAGCAGUAGCAGCCACAUAUAGAGCAAUGUCUAGUAGCCCAAGAUCACCUCAUAUUGGUCCUGUUGACAUGUCUGAUUUGGCACGACGAAGAACACAAGACAAACCUACUGACCCUACUGAAGUUUAAAAUGAUCUUAUUUCUAUCUUGAAGAAAAAGAUAUGAAAAAUUACGACUUACGCACGUGAUUACGUAUAUGACAAGACUACAUUUUGUUGAUAUAAAUCUAGUAUUAUUUGUGCAAUGUUCAAAUGUAGCUAGUAAUAUACUAGCUAUAUUAUAUAAAAAUUAUAAUUUUAUAAGAGUUA